AUGGAGUUUCAAAUUGCCCUACCAGGCUCAUAUGAGGUAGCAUAUGAAUGCAGCAUUUGUAAAAAAGGGUUUAACAAUCUGUCAGCACUUGAGAAUCAUCAGCGUUUUACCCAUUGUGAUAAAGAAGAAACUGAUAAUAACAAUUCUACAAAUGAGGCAAUGGGGGACCUAUCAGUAUUUCAUCUAAUUCAAUUAAAGAAAAAGCAUGACUUCCCAGAUUUCAAUGUAUAUUUUUUAGAUCAAAAUAGACCAGGUUUUGAUGUAAAAAAAUUAUAUCUUGUUGUUAAAGGAGAUGAUAAAAAAACAACAACAACAAUGAAUUUAGAAGAAUUUAUUCAAAAAGGAACAAUCCUGUCCAAAGCACCAGUUUCUAACAUAAGUGGUCCCUUUAAGUGCACAUGGAUGUCUUUAAAUCACGGAAUGGAAUGUGGCGAGAUUUUUUUAAAUUGUUGCGAAUAUUCUAUUCACCACCGUGACAAGCAUACUAAACGCAGAAAGACCACUGGGGCCUUACGUUGUCAAGUCUGUGAAAAGCUUUUAGAAAGCCCCAAUGGACAGAGUCCGGCUGUAGAAUUCCCAUGCCACUUGUGCGGUCAGGUCUUUAUGAAUGCAUUGCAAUUGGAGGUCCACACCAAAGGUUAUCACACGAAAGUGAAGCCAUUUAAAUGCUCUAUUUGCGAGAAGCGAUUCACUCAAUCAGGUGGACUGCAGCAACACAUGCGCAUGCACACUGGGGCACGACCAUACAAAUGUAACUUCUGUAACAAAGGUUUCACCCAGAAAGGUGGGCUCGAUCAGCACCUUCGUACGCAUACAAAGGUUAAACCCUUCAAGUGCAUUAUAUGCAAUAAAAGCUUCUCCCAGUCAGUACACGUACGACAGCAUAUGCGGACUCAUACAAACAUCCAGCCUUUCAAAUGCAACGUAUGUGAAAAGCGCUUUAAACAAAUAAGCCACCUUAAUUUUCAUAUGCGUUCCCAUGUAAUGAAUAGUAUGUCGGACCCAGGGGAUUUGUUAAAUUCGAUAGAGCCUAUUCAAAGUGAUGCCAUGUACUACUCGGGACGGCUCUCGCCUAGUAUGUUUAUUAAUACAGAACCUAAUCAAUAA